AUGUCGAUCACAGAUAUUGUGGGGACAGAUAAUCAUGUCGGUGAGAUCAUACCAUCAACGGAUGACGAUAACAGCGUUAAGGUAGCUGAAGAUCAGCCACAAGAGGAGGGAUCCGAUGAAAAACAACAAAAUCAGAAUUGGAUAACUACAAACAAGCCUACUUUGUUAAGUCAAGGCACUGCAACGGACGAAACCCAUUCACUGGAACCCUCAGAGGAUUAUGCCUUGCACUACCUUACACGAUCUGUUGUAAAGAUGAUGGAUAAUAUUGGUUUUUCAACAUGUCAUGAAUCCGUUCUAAACAUUCUAACAGAUCUUUGCAAACGGUACAUGCAGAGACUUUGGAUUGAUUCAAAAGUAUUCGCAGAACAUGCUGGUAGACGAUAUCCCAUCUUUGAGGAUGCAAAUAUGGCUUUUGGAAAACUGAUGUUCAGUGCAGCGGAAUUACACGCAUUUAUGAGGCAGGUCCAACAUGAUCCUCUUGAAAACAGCGUGCCACUUUUCCCAAUUAGGAAAUCUUCGAUAAAUUUGCUCAGUAUAUAUGGACCAGUCUCAGAUAAAGAAUUGGCAGAACGACCAGAACAUAUACCUCGUUAUUUUCCUGCCAUGCAUCCAGAAUGGUGCUCCGAUCAGGGAGUUCGAGCGGCCGAUAUUUUAAUGAAAAGUGUAGCACAGAUACAAGCGAAAAAUAACAAAUGUAUACCCCGUGGAUCGACAGCUAAAGAAUUGGGCUUUGUGCGCCCUCAAAAAUUACCGGCCAGAAAAGUGGCUGAAGAACCAAGUGGCAUUUCAAGUAGUGCCAAUAAGACGACGGGUGCAGCAACAAACAGUGCUACUAGGACAAAGCUUAGAAAGUGGCCAAUGCAUGAACCUGCUAGUAGUUCAAAACACUGCGAUAGACAUCACGUGAAAGAAAACCUUAACGAAAAGGACACACCAAGUAAACCUUUCUCGCAGAGAUCGAUUGGUAUGUUUGGCAUGCCGCCAUCAGCUUUGGUACAUCCGGAGAGUGUUGCGACUGAGAAAAUGAAAAGGAAAAAGAAAAGAGAUAGAGAUCGAGAUAAAGACCGAACUAAAGAAAGGAAAGAAAGGCAUCGUGACAAAGACAAAAAUGAAGAAAAUCCAGGUACGAGUAGUGCUAUUCCGGUGGCGGCUGAAUCUCAUACAAAUGAGAAGGCAAUUAUGAAUGCGAGCUGUUCAACUGACGCUAAGAGUGAUGGUCAAGCGAAAAAAUCAGCGAACCGGCAACAAGACGUUCUUUCCUCAGAACACCAACAAAUAGAGCGAGAUAUGAUUAAUUUGGAGAAUAAUGUUACGACUGAAAAAUCUCUUAUAGAGGAGGAAAAUGUUGAUAAACUUAAGCAUGACCAUUCAGUGGACUUAAGAUUAAAUGAUGAUCACAGUACUAACGAUGCUGGUUUGCAAAUGACUCAAAUAUUGGUACCGCAACAUUCCUCAAACAGGACAUCCCAGUGUCCUAUAUCAAAAAAUUUGUAUAUAUUUGCAAGCGUCGUGCGGUUGUAUUUUGCCUUCAUUGGUGUUGCUGUUUCUGACGCUGAGCAGUUCCAGACCUAUGUCUAUAAGGCAAAUUAUAAGAGUUCGAUUUGUAGCGCUAGUGAUGUAGAAGAUGGUAUUAGGAAUGGCAGUAAUGCUAUAGAGAAAGCAAAGGAAGGAAUGAAGGAUGGAGCUCAGCAAAAUGAUAAAAAAGAUCCAAGCAGAAGCACAGUAGUCGAAAUUGCUAAAGGGAACUUAAAAAAACGCAAAACUGGAGAAAAAGGUUGCGAACGGAAAAAAGUUGCAAGAAAGGCAGCAGUAGAGAACUCUUUGUCAGUUGUUAUUGAUGAUAUCGCCAAAAACUCAACAACUCUGUCUCAGGAUAUCAAGGCACUCAAAGUGGUUUUAUCAAGGCCAACUGGACAGAAAAUAUUCACUGCAUUGUCACCUUCCAGUGGCACUGAACGAGCAGUCAAAGAGGUGGAGCAGAAAUGCGAUUCAGGAAGUGUGCAGGGUGCUGCAAGUAUAACUCCCUCUUCAGUUGAUGAACCACAAAUUGCAGAAAGUAUUUGUGAGAAAAAGAAGCAUAGAAAGGAGAAAGAUCGAGAUAAACACCACAGCAAGGAGCACAAACGAAAGGAUAAAGAGAAGUACAAAGAGCACAAGAAGAGCAGGACUAAAGACAAAGAGAAGAAAUAUAUCAAACCAAGGCCUGAAAAAUUUUGCUUAAAGCGAUCUGGCGAGCAUAUCCUGCGAGAUGAAAUGCCUGCCCCAAAAAUACCUAAACUAAAAAUCCGAUUUGGAUCUAACUCAAGUGGCGUUAAUGCUUCGCCAUCAGUAUCUACAACAUCGACUAUCCUGACCUCUUCUUUGUCGUCUGACCAACUGCAAGUUAUGCAAUCUGCAAAUAAGUUAGAGGAUAGAGAAAUGACAAAUCCACUACAUACAUCUCUCAAAUCUGAUGUAAAUAUUAAGCCCAGAAAACGGCAGCCAGUGACCAAAGCAGAGUUGAAAGCGUUGCCAAAAUUGCCGCUGAAAGCAAGAACUUGUGGAACUAAAGACGUUAAUGAAGGACAUGAAGGACAUUUAGCAAAUGUAGGAUGGGGAUGUAAUGAAUAUGCUUUACGCAUUUCGCUACAUUUUCAUCCUUUGCUAAAGGGAAGUGGACUCACAGGUGGACAAGGACCAGCAGAGAGAGCCCUCAGCCCAGUUAUUUCUAAGGCAGAUAUUGAAUUUGAACAAAGAAAUGUGCAGCAACCGAUGGGUAAGCGUUUGCGCAUGGAUAAUGGGAAGAAAGACUUUCUGGGAAGCUGCUUCGAUCCCCAUGACGCUGUUGCUUUUAAUCCAACCGAGAAAGUAUUCAAAGCCGCGGAGAAAGAAAGAAAUAGUGAAAGUCAUGUCCAAGGUAUGAUGUCAAAAGAUUGGGGACAGUUAGCACCUAGGGACAUUUUCAGUACAUUUUUGACCGAUGAAAGACGGCCAGUGAAGGAGUCCUUAAAGCGAAAUUUUGAAAGAUUUAAAAAGAAACCGGGUCAGGUAAAUGUUGAAGCGGAGUCGGAUUCAAUUAAACCAAAGUUGGGAAAAAAAAGAAUCCAUUUAAGCGUAGGUGUUUUACUAUUUGACAGAGAAAAACUGUUUAUCAGAGACCGAUCUUCAGGAAAGCUGAAGUGCAAAGAGCUAGAAAAAGAAAAAAGAAAGGAGCGACAUCAUAGCAUGGAGAAGGUGAAGGAGAACGGGCGAGAAAAAGGAUCACACCAUGUGCAGAAGGCCCCUGAGAAGGAAAAAGAUCAAACCAAGCGAGACGAGAAAGGUCUGGAAAUAGUAAAUGAAAAGAAAGGGAUGCAGCAAAAUCGACAAAAGGAGAAGGGGAAUGAUGAGAGGAAAAAAAGGGGAAGUGGUGAAAGUGAGAAGGGGAAGGGGAAAGGGAAGAAGAUAGGAAUGGUUGGGAUGAGAUCGGGAGAUAUUUAUUUGAAUAGUUGUGGUGCAGAGAAUGACAAGAAGCAUCGGGAGAAUGUGGAGAAUGUUGGUGGAUCUGAAGAGCGACGUAAGCGGAAGAGUGUCGACAAAGACGAGGAAUAUAGGAAAGGUGCGGAAAAGGUCGCGAAGAAAUAUUCGAAAGAGACGAGGUGCUCGAGUGAAACAAAGGAGAGAGCGAAACAUCAUGACAGAAAAACUGCCGUGGAAGAGAAGGUUAAAAGUCGUGACAAGGAUUUUAGGGAUAAGGAGAAACGAAAAAAGCAUUCAAGUGAUUGGGGUGGAGAGCAUAGCAUUGGAAAAACCAGCAAGGAGGUAGAAAAAGCUCCCUUUGGCAAGGAUGAGGAUUCUGGCGAUUUGAGCAACCUAAAAACGAAUUCCGGUAAGGAUGAGCUUACGGGUAAUGAUACGAACAGUUCUUAUCUUCCGUACGAUGCUGUGCAAAAAACUGAUCGAGUAAUACCCGCGAAAGAACAGCUCUCAAAGCGAUCUAGCGCCGAUAGUGAUGUCUUUGGAAGCAGAUCGUCAACCACUGAUUCGCUAACGAAAUCUUCUGACAAGAAAUCAGCCACUCUGGAUAGCGAUGACUCUUUGGAUACUAUGUGGAUUUGUCCGGAAUGUUCAGUGGCAUAUGUGGAAGGUGCAACUGAUAUGGUCGGCUGUGAUGCCUGUGACAAUUGGUUCCACUGGAAUUGUGUGGGUUUACUGGUUGCACCGCCAGAUGACGUUCCUUGGUACUGUCAAAACUGUGCAAAAAAGAAGCUUAAGAAAAAAGGCGGUUUGAAGAGCUCUACUUCUAAGAAAGGCAAGAAGUGA